AUGUACUACUGGGGCGAAGCGGGGAGCAGUAUGAAGGUGCAGGUGCGGGCGGCGACCAAGCAGCUCUGCAAGAAGAGCCUUUCGACCGACGGCACACCGACGGACGCGUCGGCCAAGAAGAAGGAGAAGAAGCGGCGAAAAUUGAAGCACUCUUCAAGAAGCGGUGAGGAGGAGAUGGUAACAAAGAAGAAGAAGAAGAAGACGAAGACAAAGAAAGAGAAGAAGGCGAAGAAGGACGAGGCCAAGGCUACGGGCAAGGAAUCGGGAGCGGAGGAGGAGACAUCAUCGCGGGUGUCAUCGAAGAAGAAGAAAAGAGAUAAGAAGGAAGCCAAGGAAAAGAAGAAGAAGGAGAAGAAGGAGAAGAAGAGGGAGAGGGAGGGCACUCGAGCGGCGAGAGCGGCGAGCGAGGGUAGCGAGAGCGGGAUCAGCAGCUGCAGUAGCGCCGUGUCACCGAAGGAAACGAAGAAAAAGAAGAAGAAGAAGAGCAAGAGCCUGAUCUCGGCCAAGAAGGUGCUGAAGAGUCGGUCACCCUCUGACCCACUGCCCGCCGCCGAUGGCAAAGCGCGCUCGUUCAUCCUCAACUUCCACCACCACCACCGGCAACACAAACGCGGGCCGCUGCCGCCGGCCAGCAGUGGUCCGACCCGCUCACGCUCGGCCACGGAAACGGUCGAACACCGGGCCACGCGCAAGUCCAGCAUCGUCGGCCUCGGCGGCCUCCUCCGCCGGACCGCCACCGCCGACGGCGACAGCGAGGAGCCGGCCGCAGCGUCGCCGUUCUUCAUUGAAGAGGACGGCUGUGGCGGGUUGCCGGUGGCGGACGACGAGUCGGGCGCGAGGGUGCCGGCGAUACCGCUCCUGGCCCUGGACGCCCUGACCGGCGCCAUGGAGCCGUCAUCAUCAUCGGAGCCCCCGGACUCAGCAACGUCGCUGCCGCCGUCGCCGUCGCUGCCGUCGCCUGGCGGGUCGCUGGCGAGCGUGGUAGCGACGGCGGCGACGAAGACCAAGAGCAAGCGGGUGAAGGCCUGGUGCAAGAAGAAGGGGCUGGUCGACAAGCGACGCCGCAGCGGAGGAGGGCUCGAGCAGUACCAGCAGCUGGUCAUGACCAUGGGCGUCCUGGACGGCGAUGCCGGCUCCUCGACGCCGCUCCGACACGUCAUCGUCGAAGGUCGAUACGCCGUCGGACUUCCUUGA